AGCGCGCGGAUGCUUUUACGUGAACGUGCGGCCGUGCGCCAGUUUUGGUCCAGUUGACGGGCGGUAUAAUCACGUGCCCGAGAUUCUCGUGGGUAGUGAUUCCGGGGUUUUACGACAGCCGAGAAAUAUUAAUCUCGUCCAACCGAACCAAACAAAAAAAGAAAGAAAGAUAUUUUCAAACUACCAAACCUCCAACAGCUUACAUCUUUAAAUAUUCACACCAGCGUGGACGGCCCUCAUAUAUGUGUGUGUGUGUGUGUAUGUGCAUAAAUCGGGACGAAGAUGUGAAGUGUGAGCCGCGAAAGAACGGAGACGGAGAAGAAACGCGUGAAGCCAAGUGAAAAGUGUAUUUCCCGUGCAAUCAACAUUUUAAUGUCCACUCCAAAAAACCAAUGCACACCAAUGAGACUGCAGGGAAGCGGCACCCCGGCGGGAAGGGUAUGCAUUUGUUUCGGUGCAUUACGCGGAUGAAUAAAGCGCGCGCUAGCCACAGUUCACGCAUCGGCGAGCAGUGCUGAAAGUGGCGCCUGGGCACGGGUGGCACGGAGUUGAGUGAGUUGGUUCGAGAAAGUUACGCCACGAUGGAGCAUGCCGAAGCGCGCUGUAGAUGCAGCUGAGGCACUCUGAAUUGUACUGGUGCUGGUAAACCUCCUUUUAGCGAUCGCGAUACGAUGUGCACGGAUCGGUAAGGACGCUUAGGUGAAGUGUUUCGCCCGCAACAAUGGGCGCUGGUGCAUUUGCAAUAAGUACGUGCAGCAAGUGAGUGAGUGAGUGAAUGAACGAGCGUUUGGUGCAAACGUGAAGCACGGUUUAAUGCUAACCAAAGUGGUAGUGACUCAUCAUCAUCCCUUCCUUGUGUGGUGGUGCUAGUGAGAAGUUUUUAAGAGUGCGAAAUAAAAUCAAACAAAACGCCCGAAAGCAGGGAGAACAGAAGGAUUCAGAGGGAUUAAGAAGGACCGUUUUGAGCGUUGCGCAUUAGCGUGGUGUGUGUUUGUGUGUCUAUGUGUGGAAGCUAGCAGUGGUAGCGGUCCUAAGAAACAGUGAGUGAGAACGUAAAAAAAACAAAAACACCGAACAAACCGAAUGCAGCAGUAAGCAGCAGCAGCAGUAGCAAUUGAGCGCCGCCGCGAUGGGAUACAUAAAUCUACUAGAACUAAAGCUUUUGUUAAAUAUAUCAUUAGUCGUGCUGCUGGUAAACGGACAUGGCACUCAGACGGAGGCACAGCCGGAGUUUCUGGCACCGCUGGACAAUCUUACGGUGACGCAAGGCCGUGACGUUUCGUUCACUUGCGUCGUCAACAAUCUCGGCCAAUACAGGGUUGCGUGGAUAAAGUCCGACUCGAAGGCGAUACUUGCCAUCCACACGCACAUGGUCGCCUUGAACCCGCGCUUAUCCGUCACCCACAACGGGCACAACACGUGGAAGCUGCACAUCUCGCACGUGCAGCUCAACGACUCCGGCAGCUACAUGUGCCAGGUGAACACGGAUCCGAUGCGACAUCAGUCGGGCAACCUGGACGUGGUCGUGCCGCCGGACAUACUGAACGAGAACGAGCCCAACACGCUCGAGGGCGGCGUAGCGAACGAAGGUGGCAACGUGCAGCUGGUCUGCCAGGCGACGGGCGUACCGGAGCCGGCCGUACAGUGGAGGCGCGAGAAUGGAAAGGACAUCGUCGUACGGACGGAGGGCCGCGAAAAACAAGUCGUAAAAUUCGUCGAGGGCGAACGGCUCGUCCUGAAUCAGGUGCAGCGGACCGACAUGGGCGGAUAUCUGUGCAUCGCGUCGAACGGUGUACCACCCUCCGUCAGCAAACGGUUCGAUGUGCAAGUUAACUUUCCGCCAAAUGUGAAAGCAGGAAACCAGCUUGUAGCCGCACCGGUUGAAAGUCAUGUGCUGCUGCAAUGUAUCGUGGAAGCAUUCCCGACCCCACUGAACGGUUGGCACAAACAUGAUGGCAUGAAGCUUUACGAGGGUGAAAAGUACACCAUCAGCGAGGAAAAGCUCAACGCCUACACCUGGCAGCUGAACCUGACCGUGAAAAACCUGCACAAGGGUGACUUUGGGCCGUACAUUUGCUCAAGCAUCAACGCGCUCGGAAAGUCGGACGCGAGGAUACGUUUGCAAGAGCUACACCUACCACCAAAACCGACAACAACGCCAACGCCCUACGUACCGUCGACAGUGAAGCAACCGCGCCGAAAGCAACACUACGGCACGCACGGCAAGGGACAUGAGGCGGGCAAGGGCGCGAACACCUUCAACCGUGACACCUACAUCAUCAACCACAUCCAGGAGAACGACUAUCUCGGCAGCCUGAUAGUGCAUGAAGGUAACGGCCACGGACUGGUGGGCAUGAACGGCGCCACCAUGGGCACGGGCAAUGGGCUGGGCGGCCCGGGCGGCACGAACGGCGGCGGGCUGGAGAAGCCACGCAACACGCAAAUGCCGGCCCCGAUCCCGUCGCGCCAACCGCACUGGAUACUGAACAACAAAUCCCGCGCGAUGGACAUCUUCAGCCACCGGCGCACGGUCGCGUUCGUUAGCUGUUGUUUGCUAAUGAUUUAUAGUCUGUUGAUGUUGCUGACGUUUACAUGAAGCUGUGCCGUGGCAGCGCCCGCAAUGGUGGCACUUCCCGCCGAAGCCACCGCAGAUCACAGGACGGCACAGCGUGUACAUUGCCGAUAAGUAGUAUGGACGAAAUUAGCCACAGCAGCAGCAGCAGCGUUCGAGUACUCCUCAUCAAUCCCAUUUACGCCCGGCAGGGCCGUACCAUCCGCCAAACAAUAUGCAUAACAACACUUGCGCACCGCAAAGUGAGAGUUUGUACAACCGGACGUGACAGCAGCCGUGGCGGGGUGAGUGGUGAGCGGUGAACGAUGAUGGAGAUUUGAUGCAUUUCGAUGGUUCCGCAUCACCAGUUUGCGGUCAAAGUUGUGUGUGGGUGUGUGGUUGUGUGUUUAUGUGCGAAUGUGUGUGCGAGUGUGCAAGUUAGCGUGUGUGGGUGAUUAGCGUAAAUUAAAACAGCUGUUAAAUAAACUACUUAUAAUCAGUCACACACAACAGAGGCAUGGAAGCAGCAUCGACAAUGGGAGGAGGCCGUCUAACGUCCUGCCCAGAGCGGUAUGUAUGAGCGUAUCAAGCAAGUGUGUAUGGGCGUGUGUGCGUGUAAUACUAUUAACUACCGGAACAGGGAAACCGAGGCGUUGAAAAUUAAACUGCCCCACUGUGCGGACAGAAAGUGUAUUCAGUUCGAGGGAGAUCAUUUGUUACAAUUAUAAGUGCACUUUGUAAUAAAGAAAAGAGGAAACAUAACUAAUGAAACAAAACAGGAGAACAUAUAAAGCAGGAAGCUUCCAAUGAAAGAACAGUGGGUGUUGGAAGUGAAGCGUAAAGAAUUAUCAAAGUUAGUGAAUGGUGUAACAAAGAUUUAUAAAACAAAACAGUGUCAAAAUGAGUAGUUAAACCAUGCAUAAGAGAGCUUGUACAAAACAUAAUGGAGAGAAGAGAGAGAGAGAAAGGGUAAAAUCUAAACAUCCACUCCAUGUUACUUACUGUGUAUAUAGUGUUAACUGGAAGAGUUGUUGUUGAUUAUCAUUUGAACUAUUGAAUUUCCUUUUUUAUUCAUUGUUUUGUUUGUUAGUACCAAUAUAAGUUUCAAGUGAUGUUGUGAUUUGGUUAUUAUUAAAUUAAUAAUUAUUUAUAUCUGCCUAAUCAAAUCACGAGCAACUAAAUCGGUUAAUUUGACUGUUUUUUAUGUUUGUUACUAUUUGUUUCUCUAUUUAAUUCCACUUUUAUUAUGUUUGCCUUCAUAUUUGUUUUUUUACCUAAUUUAUUAAACGUUUUUAUUGUUUCAUUUAUUCAUUUUCAUCUGUUUUUUUUUAAGUUAAUUUUAAAACUACUACAAAUUGAUAACGUAUUUGUUAGUUUUUUAAGCGAUUCUUUAGUACACACACCACAAACCCCAUUCAGGCACCAUAUUGAUCAUCUUAAGGCUUCUUAAUUUAUAACACAUCCUCCAAACAUCCUAUUUCCCAUAAUUUAUAUUCAAAAGCCAAUAAAUUCCACCCUGUCAUGUUCGUUUUUCGCAUCACAAACGCUACCUUUGGGCUAAGGUAACACGAGUCGAACAGCCAGCAAAGCGUGUAACGAAAACCCCAUCCCCGUGGUGGUUUCGAUAAUGAAGAUCAACCCUUCGCAGUGUCCACUGCACGCAUUGGAAGGACGUUGAACCGGCUCGUGUGGAGCUAUUUGAUCCCGUAAAACCCUCCUGCCCAUAUAGCUUCGCAGCCGCUUAGCCGACCUCCAACAGCACGGUGGUGCACAAUAAUGGUUGGGAUCUUAAUUUUCCCGCCUGUCGCGUAGCGUGUGGUUUACCGUAUAAUUUUAAUUAAUGUUUAUGCAUCAGCUUUCGCCUGUAAGCCUUUGCAGGCAGCGUGAAGAGCAUGUGUACGUGGGACUUUUGUUUUUCGCGCAGCGAAACUGAUACCACGCUCGGUCGAUAAUUGAGAUGUACACAUGUUUGGUUGAAUAAAUGUUGGUUUAAACAAUGUUGUGGCUGAUUUUAAAUGUGUUACUAAAAGUAUUUGCCUGAUUUUGAUGAAUUCAUAAUAAUACACUCAAAACUACAAAUAAAAUUGAGUCCCUCAACAAAUCUUCAGAAAUUUCUUCUGCGAUUGAUCGUAUCCCUAUCAUGCCAACAGAACGCAGCAUGAAAUUCUGCAUACGUUCUCGCUUUAAAAUCGCACAUCCAUACCAGAACGCCCAUUUUACGACCGACACGCGUCAGGUUGUCAAAUAAUUUGGGAAGUGAUUUUAGAACUUAUUAAAACUCAAUUAAUUCCAUGACAGGGUUCACCUGCGCCCGAGCACGCCCGAUCCAGCUGACGACCCGUGUUACAGUCAGCAUUCUCACGCUGCUGUUGCGAAAACUCUUACCCAAGAAUCUCUUUCCACAUUUAGGACCCUCUUUGCACCGGCACGUACACAAACAUGUGUGUGUGUGUGUAUGUCCCAUUUUCACAUUAAAAGCACAUUAAGACGACUGGCUUAUUUGUAAGAUAUCCUGGAGGGAACGCAAGCAACGGGCACUCGAUGGAAGCAAAUUUAUUUCACGCAUCAUAAAUUUCACAUACGUUUUUCUACUUAUUUUUUCUUGCGUUGCUUCUUUUUUUCCCCUUUUCUACAUGAAAAGAAGUUUUUUGUUUGUUUUCUUAUUAAGUCAUCAAAACUCUUUCAAACAUAUUAAAGCUCAUCGUGUCAUCUAGAAUUCAAAGUUCACGAAAUCCGUGAAAUAGAAGAAAACGGAUGUAUGAAAACUAUUAUUAUAAUUUUAAAAAUAAAAGCAACACAAACAAAAACUUAUCAAUCAUCAAGCUAAGAGCUAUGCGAUCUAUUCUAUCGCUCAUGGUGAGAGUUAAUAAAUAAUAGCAUAAAUAAGAAGGUAAAAAAAUACAGAAGAUCACACAAGAAUGUUGAUGUCUUCCGUGCUAAAUCAGAAACCGCAAAAUAGCAAAAAUAAAUCAAACACAACAAACAAACAAACAAACAAACAAACAAACAAACAAAGUACAUAAAUUCACACAGUAACCGCCGUAACUGAAGUAGCAAAAUUUGUUAAACCCUUGUAACCCCCCGAUGGAUGGCAAGCAGUGCGUGAUACAUAAAGCAAAUCUUGAUUGUCGUUUCCAAGCAAAAAACACCCCUAUAUAUCUAUAAUCGAACAUUGUUCCGUUUGUUUGUGGCGUUACCUACCCACAGAGGAGAAACGCAAACGAAGGAAAACAAAAAGAACAAAUCCAUAAGCAGUUAUUAAACAUUACGUGAGUCGGGCAGGAUAUAACAUUUCAUCAUUGAAAGUACUAUUGUAAACAGUUACUUAUAAUACAUUAACCAUUAACACAACUUAUCAUAGUUUAAUGAUGUAAAUAGAACGAUUGUAAGCAACACUGUUUCAGGCCGCUAACAAAAAAGGGGAUGGCAAGGGCACAUCGCACUGUGUCCGCUAGUCCGGAGAGGUUUCUCGGGGAAGAGAAAGCAGAUUUUACACAAACGUUUUAUAAAGAUCGAGAUGAGAUGAGCGUUUUGCCACAAUUGCUUUGUUGUUUUCUGUGUACUGUUCGGUUUUUAGAACAUGGUAAAAGUUAAAAGGGAGAGAGUAGCAUUUACAGAUACAACAAACAAUCAUCAAUACGCUUAAACAAGAUAAGCAAAGGAAGAAAUAAACAACAAAAAUUUGAUAAUAUACUCUCUGACGAGCGUGCACACACAAGCUUGUAUAGGAGAAGCAUUUAAGUUUCAUGAAAUUUGCACUAUUUUACAAAUAGCGUGCGUUUUUGAAAUUAAACGACACGCCAGCCACAUACGCACACAACAAGUGUUGCAGCAGUCAAGCAAAAGUUAAGUCUUUUAACUUAAUGCAAAAAACGUUUCUUUCCAUUUGCAAAAGGCUUUGUGUAAAAGAGAGAAGAAGAAAAAAGAGACAAAAACGAGUGAAAAUGCUUCAAAUGCUCGAUAUCAAACACAUAAAUCAAAGCAAAUCGUUAAAAAUCUUAUCUUAACAACAAAUUUACGAUCCUCUAGCAUAAUAACACACGUAUUAAUGUGCUGCUUGAUUGACGUGCAACACAACAGUGAGGUGAAGCAAAAAACCAAAACCAGAACAACAAACUAAAGGGAAAUAAAACAAACUAAAAUAAGUUCAACGGUACGGAACGAUACGGGAACGACACACCUACAUACAGACAUACAACACAAAUAGUCAAAUCUAUCUACCAUCUCAUUGAGUAAUAAAACUAACAAGACAAUAAAUAAUUUAAUGCUAGCAUUACCAAUUACGAGGUGUCAAUGAGAUGAGCCACGGGUCCGUGACGGUUGACAAGAAGCGAGUGAAAAGAUGGAGAGCGGGCUAGAAAGAUAAACAUCAGCAAGAUGGGGCAUGUGGAUGUGGAUGGAAGGAAGUGGCCACAGUGCAAAGCGCAAAAGAUAGUUAAAUGAAAGUACUUAAACGAUCUAUAUAUAGCCUACCGAUGAAAUAAAACAAAAGUAUUCAUAAGAAAAUGUAAACUAUAA